AUGAUUGGCUUUCAAUUAACUUCUGUGGCUCUCCUGUGCACGAUGUGUCUAGUAAAUGGAUAUGCAGGGAUUUUUGGCGAUGAGUGCCCCGUUGAACUUUCACAAAAGACUUCCAGGGCUUGCCAAGAAAGACGUUAUCGACAACUGCUGGCUAAUAAGAAUAUCUAUCAGUUGGUUCCCAUUUCAUUUCUUCCUAAUGAACCAAUCAGAUGGUUGAACAUGACAAGUGAUAAGAUGAGAGCUGUAUUCAGUAAACACCCGUUCGAGCAAUGGGAAUUUAAUAUAUACCUUGCAAAAACCGCGGGAGGUGCUGAGAUUUUGAAACAGUGGCACAAACUUAAUGCAGGAGAAGAUAUACAAAGUUUCGCGGACUUUGUGAAGAUAUAUACUUUCUUCCGAAAAGCGCAAGAAAAAUUGGGGGAUCCGUAUUUCAAAAAUCCCUCCGACGAAGAACCGUUCCAGAACAUCAUCAAGUACUGGAUGCGUGAUAAAGUGUUCGCUGAACAGAGGCUCGCGGGAGUCAAUCCUAUGACAUUGAUGAGGAUCUCAACCGAUAGGGAGAAUGUUGGUUUGAAGUGGAGCGAGCUCAAGAAAGUUUUAAAUCAGGAGUUUGAUUGGGAAAAUCUUAUAAUCAAUACUCCAAAUAUGCCAAAGAUCUCACUGCCAAAAGCAAUAAGCAGCAAAAUGGUGUUUGUUUUACGUUAUCCACUUUUGGAUUAUCUACCAGCGAUGCCAGACAUCAUGGAGUCGCGUCCUCAUAGAAAGAUGUGGGAUCCUACUUCACCGAUAACGUUCUUUGCAGUCCAUCCAAACAACAGAAAUAAUCUGAUUCCAAUAGCCAUUCAAAUGGACGUCAAGCCCGGUUCUCCAGUUUACACACCGAAAGACGAUGGCCUCUGGAUGCUGGCAAAGCUCAGCGUCCAAGGCGCAGAUCUCGGCUACAACCAAGUCGCUGAACAUUUGACGAAGACGCAUCUUCUCUUGGAGCCCUUCUGCGUGAGUAAGGACAGACAGUUGUCCGAGAAUCACCCACUUCAUCAGAUCAUCAAGUAUCACUGCAGAGGCAUCAGUAUAACAGAUAAGUUGGCCUUUCAACUUCUGUUAGGACCGAAUGAAAACCUGCACAAGCUGUUCCCGUACGGUUAUCGUGGAGCUGUAAACAUUGCUCUGAAGUCUUACAGGCAAACAAGUUGGAAAGAUACAGAUUUUAUGGGAAAUAUUAAGAAACGCGGACUGGACUUCAGAACCCUCCUUUAUUUUCCUUACAGAGAUGAUGGUAAAUUCAUCUUCGAAACGAUCCAAAAAGCGGUCCGAGAAUAUGUCAAUCAGUAUUAUGAAUGUGACGAGGACGUACAAAGCGACUAUGAGCUCCAAAAUUUCAUGAAUGAGGUAUCUGCAGAUGGCGUAGGGAUUGAUGGAGGCAAUGGAAAUGUAAAGGAUCUUCCCAAUGAGUUGACCUCAGUUGAUAGUCUUGUGGUUUUCCUGACAAGACUUCUGUGGCAAUUAAGCGCACAACACGCAGCCUUGAAUUAUCCCGUGACAGACUAUGGAGGGUUUACACUCAACAUGCCCACGAAGCUGUAUCGAGAUUCACGAGUCUCCGAUGACGUGUUUUCCUUGUUCAGUUUUCCUAAUGCUAACAUUUCUGCGCAACACGCAAUUGUUGCCUUCUCCCUGACAAAUUACCGUUACGAUAGUCUCUUCGACUAUGGAAGCCAACUGCCGGACAAACGCGGAAGGGAUGUAAUAUCCAAAUGGUUUAACUUCCUUCAAAGACGCGUGCAGCCGAGCUUAGAGAAGAGGAAUCAAAACCGGUUCAAAGGGGAUCAUUUGACCUACCCCUACCUACUGCCUCGCUGGAUACCGAACGGCGUACAGACAUAAAGAAUACUGAAUAAGAUUGCGAGAUAGAGGGAGAGUGGUUUUGGUUUUUUUGUUUCUUCGGAUUGAAGAAGAAAAGUUCUGAAACAUGAAAAUGAUUUCUACAUUGUUCAAACCAUGUUAAGCGAUUAAUAAAGCAGAACUAUUAAUGAAA